AUGUCGGACGACGAAAAGCAAUAUGGCAAGACAAGCGACACCGCCAGCGUCGAGCUGGCGUCUGUCGACAACGAAUACUACCAUGACCCCAACGAGUUGAACGACCCAACCUCCGUUGACCACAGUCUCCAUCGCGGGCUCACCGCCAGGCAAAUUAGUAUGAUUGCCCUAGGUGGAGCUGUAGGAACCGGUCUUAUCAUUGGCUCCGGAACUGCGCUUACUCGAGGCGGUCCUUUGGGUCUGUUCUUGGGCUAUCUUUAUGUUGGCGCGGUGUGCUGGAUGGUGAUGGUGGGACUGGGAGAAAUGUCAGCCUACCUGCCUCACUCAAAAGGAUUCGCGGGUUACGCGACGCGUUUCGUCGAUCCUGCUCUCGGCACGUUUUAUCCAUAUUGCUUUGCACUUGGAUGGAACUACUUGCUAAAAUACCUUAUCGUAACACCAAAUAAUAUCAACGCCGCUGGUGUGGUCAUUAGUUAUUGGUCUGGAGGUAGAAAGGUCCCUCUCGAGGCCUGGAUGGUCAUCUUCAUCGUCUUCAUUGCUGUAAUUAAUCUGCUUGGAGUCCGUGUCUUCGGAGAGCUCGAGUUCUGGUUCUCCAGCAUAAAAGUGGUGACUUUGAUUGGACUGUUGAUCAUGGGCAUCGUAAUUGACCUCGGUGGAAAUCCUCACCACGACCGCCUUGGGUUCCGUUACUGGAAGAAACCCUAUGGACCCAUGGGUCACUAUAAACUGGACAUCGUCAAAGACGAGUCUUUAUCCAUCUUCUUAGGAUUCUGGGCGACCCUUACAAAUGCUCUGUUCGCUUACAUUGGUACGGAGCUUGUUGGAGUAACUGCAGGAGAGGCCCAAAAUCCCCGACGCAACAUCCCCAUUGCCAUCCGGAGGACGUUCUUCCGAAUCCUCAUUUUCUAUGUCGGAGGAGUAUUUGUCAUCGGUCUUAUCGUACCCUCGACCAACAAGACUCUGUUCACCGCAACGAAAGCCAAGACUGGAGCUGCGGCCUCGCCAUUUGUCGUUGCUAUCACGCUCGUCGGCAUUCGUGUCCUCAACCACAUCAUCAACGCAGCCAUUCUGUCCUUUGUGCUGUCUGCAGCCAAUUCUGACCUCUACAUUGGAUCCCGUACACUCUACGGUCUCGCCGUCGAAGGCAAGGCCCCAGCCAUCUUCAGUCGCGUCAACCGCAAUGGUGUUCCAUGGCCGGCUCUCACGCUUUGCACGCUGUUCUGCUGCCUUGUGUUCUUGAAUGUCUCUGCGUCGAGCGCCAAAGUCUUCACAUGGUUCGUCAACUUGGUCAGCACAUUCGGCGCGAUUACGUGGAUUUGCAUCUCCGCUUCACAUAUCGCUUUCAUGAAAGCUCUUCGGGUCCAAGGCAAAUCACGCGACGAACUCCCUUACAAGGCACCUUUCCAACCAUACGGAAGCUGGUUUGCCCUGAUAUCGACCAUUAUAAUCCUCAUUUUCAAGGGCUUCGACACUUUCAUGCCAUUCACCAAAGACACAUUUGUCACAUCUUACAUUGGUUUGCCGGUGUUCGGUUUGCUGUACUUCGGGUACAAGUUCUACUACAAAACCAAGGCCAUCCCAAGCAGCAAAGUGGACCUAGUAACAGGAUUGAAGGCCAUCGACGAUGCGGAGAAAGAGUUCUUGGACGAGGAGAAAGGACAAACUCCCAAAGGCUGGCUCGCCAGAGCGUGGGACAACAUUUAA